GGAGCCCUCCCGCGCCCAAACUUUGCAAAGUCUCGUAGCUCCGCUGCCGGGGCGGCGGCGGCUACGGCAGCAGCGGGCGGGGGCGGCGGCGGAGGAGGCGGGGGCGGAGGGGGCGGGGUGCGGGCCGGCGGCGGCGGCGGCAGCAGCAUCAAAGAGCCUCGAUUCUUGCCGCCUUGGGAGCCAUGCGCUGCUGUCUGUAAUGUCAGCGGAACAGGAGAAGGACCCCAUCGCGCUGAAGAGAUCCCGAGGUGGUGACAGUGGAUUGGAUGGGUUAGGAGGACCAGGAGUUCAGCUUGGAAGCCCUGAUAAGAAAAAGCGCAAAGCAAAUACACAGGGGUCGUCAUUUCCUCCUCCAUCUGAAUAUGCUCCACCACCGAACCCAAGCUCUGACCACCUUGUAGCUGCAAAUCCAUUUGAUGACAACUAUAAUACUGUGUCUUAUAAACCACUUCCUUCAGGAAAUCCAUAUUUUAGUAAUCCUGGUUAUCCUGGCUUUGGAGGCUAUAACACUUUCAGAAUGCCACCUCACAUGCUGCCCAGAGUGUCCUCACCAUAUGGUGGUUCUUACUCCCUCAGAAACCAGCCACAUCCUCUUCCUCAAAACCCUGUUGGCAUGGGUUUUAGUCGACCCCACUCUUUCAGCUUUGGUCCACACGAUAACCCAGGUUUUGGGAAUCAGCCACCUUACAGCAGUGGUCAGAUAAACCAGAAUGUCAAUAUGCCUGCUCAGCAUUUCAGGCCAAAUCCUGGGGAGAACUUUGGCCAUUCUGGUCAGAUACCUCACCCUGAUGUGCCAGCUAACUUUGGUCCUGGAAACAAUCCAAAUUUUCCAAAUUCUCAGCUAGAGUCAAACCAUUCUUUUGUUCCUCCACCAAACACGUACAACCAGACAAAAUCAUCAGCACAAAAGCAAGACUUUAGUCAAGGUGCAAGCAAAGCAUCCAGCCAGAACACUGCUGCUCAUCAGCAUCAUCACAGGACAGAGGAUGUUGUGAGUCAAGGUAACAGUGACCUGAAAAACGUCACUCGAAACAAUGUGGUGAAUCAGGAUAACAGCCAUUCUAACAGUGCUGAUAACACCAAUGCUGGCCACUCAAACGGGACUCAGAGCAAGUCCCGCCAGCCUCGAGGUACUGCAGAAGGAUGCAACUCUGAAAAGAGCAGCAAAGCAGCCCUCCACCCCAGUCGUCACGGACACUCGUCCUCUGAACCCGUGUACCCGUGUGGAAUUUGUACACAUGAAGUCAAUGAUGACCAGGAUGCCAUCCUGUGUGAAGCCUCCUGUCAGAAGUGGUUCCACCGGGUCUGUACGGGCAUGACCGAGUCGGCCUACGGGCUGCUGACGGCCGAGGCGUCGGCGGUGUGGGGCUGUGACACUUGCAUGGCUGACAAGGAUGUGCAGCUGAUGCGCACGAGGGAGGCUGCAGGGCCACCUGCACUGAACACGGAAGGCUGACAGCCUCCAGGGGUGCUCCUGCAGCAAACUUGCUGUGAAAAUUCGCUUCCAAAUUGGGUACUUCACUUUCUGCAGACAAUCAGUUGUGUUUGAUUGGUGUCAUCUUUUUUUCCCUAAUCUGUUUUCAUUCAUAAACUUCCAUCUCAGCUUUUGUACUCUUAGUUUUAUGUGUGCAAAUGGUUUACAGGAUGGAAUAUUUUUUGUUUCUGAUUAAACUGUAGCUGACAAUUGAUCGGGAGUAGGAUGACCAUGACAAUAUUAUUGAAGGAAAAAAUGUGCCUGUAUGAAUAGCCCUAAUUUGCUAGUGUGUAUUAAUGUGUUAACUAACACUAGCAUUUAGUGCUUGGUUUUAAUGGUACUAUAUUUGCAAGUACUCAUUACUUUGUUUUUUUCUUUUGGCAUGAAUGUCUGUUAUUGAUGUUCUUGCUAGCCUUUCUUUGAAUAUAGUAGAGAUGACAUGGAGGAAUGUGCAGUACUAAUAGUUGUUAUUUUAGGGUAAAUACGGAGAAUUUUGUUUGUGCUUUUACCUAUUUUUGAAGUAAAGCAUUAAUGUGCUAUUCAAAAUCAUGAAUUCAUGCUUAGUAACACAAUGAAACCCACUAACUGUUACACAUUGCUGUUUCCUUGAAAAGGCAAUAAUCUCUUGGCUUCUCAGCAAUUCCUUGCUGAAGGCUCUUGCUUGGUCUUGCAUUAUUUGGAAAUUGUUGUGAAAUAGGAUUAAAUUGGAAAGAGAACACAUUGAGUUUAUGAAGUCCACUGCUUUAAAUCUAGAGAAUGCCAAAACUAGGGUUGCACAUGUAACCUUAAUUCAUUUAUCUUGAGGACAUACCUUGGGAUACAGUCUUUGCAUCUUGUCAUGGUUGUGCAGUCAUGCACUUCUCUCUCAUUCUUUCUCACUGAUGGUUCCAGUCUCCUGCCUCAGUGCUGCCUGAGAAUUGUGGAUGAAGUAGUUAACAGAAAAUCCUGCCCAGCUUCUCGGGCUGUCAGCUCCAGCCUGCUCAGUCACCCUGGGCUUACACAGUCCACUUGGCAUGAAGGAGGGGGUAAGGCAAUGGAGUGUGCUCUGCACAGCCUCCAAAUUGCAUGAUAGUUUGGCUAGCAAAGUCUUAAAACUAAAUUCCCACCACUGCCUCAGGCAGUUUUGCAGUGAGAGGGUGGGAAAUCUAAGGUGAAGAAAGAAAAUACAGCUGUCAUAUCAGGUGAGUUUAGCUCACAUCAGAACUAAGUAGUCAGAAGUUUAUCGCCUUUGCUAAAACUGAUAUCCUACUGAGAAUGAAUGGCACUAGAGCUCCAUGUGUAAUACUAAGAAAUUAAAUUUUAAUAAGGGUAAUUUGAUUUUAUUCUUGAUCUCAAAAAUAACACCUUCUUUUUUGAAUGUUGGGAAUUAUCUAGCCUUGAACAGUUCAGCCUUAGCGGUGUGAUGAAGUUGCAUGUGCAACUGAAAAAGUUUCUUUUGAGAGAAUACAGUUUUGAAUUAAUAAAAGGAGGCACUGCUUGGAAUAUGUACCACUGUGCUGGAAACAGUCUUUAAAUAGCAAUUAAAUCAUAUGUCAAGCUUACAGGUACUAGUCAUGUUCCUUAAUGUGAUAAAUUUUUCAGGUCUUUGAUGAUGAAGGAUAUAGGAGUUUAUAGAGAAUACAGUCAUCUAAUAAAGAGGUAGUUUUUAUGAUAAGAUGUGCUAAUGAGUGAAAUUAAGGCCUGUUUGAUAGCUCACCAUCAUGUUUGAUUUUAAAUGGGCUCUACUGUGUACAUUCCUAGAAGAUACUGUGCAGAUCUACACAACUUGUUUUAUUUUAAAAGUGAAAGUUUUGCUAUGUAAGUGCAGGUUUUUUGGUUUUUUUUUUUUCUGCUUGCCUCUCAUCAGGAAAAAGAAAAUAAUGUCUGAAGUGUAAGUGACAUAUUUCAUAUCUUCAGAAUUUUCCUGUAUGGAGAUGUAAAGUGUACGAUAGAUCCAGAGCCGCUGUGUUCCUCACUAGUUGCUUUAAUUUAGUACGUUAAUUAGACUUGUUUUGUUAUAGGUAUGAUUUUAAAACCACCAACAAAAAAAUCAAACAAGCAACAACCUCUGUUAGAGAGAUUUAUUCUUCAGUAGUUUUCCUAAUGACUGACAGGCUUUGAAUUUGCUUUUGGUACCUGAAGUAGCAAUUAAACUGAACCUUGUUUAGGUAGAUUUGUUCCUCUGGGAAUCAGUUUAAUCUGUGCAAGAACUAGCACUGUGAACAUAGUGGAGCUGGUUCACACAGUAAUGUAAAUGAAAAAAAAAUUUUGCUCAGUGAAAAUUCAACCAAAGUUCAAAUGAUGAUAGUGUUACCUUUCCCACUCCCACACCCCAUGCCUCUUGUGAGAAGAUUUUGGGGCAUUUAUUCUCAGAAGUCCAAUUCCUGUUUUAACAUUUUGGAGCAGACAUUGUAUUUAAAAUAGCCAUGUAUUUCUUAAUCUUUUCCUCAACCCAACAUGAAGUUAGGCAACUGUUUUCUAGAUUAGCUGUUGGGACAUUGUUAUUUAAAUAUAGUGUUCUUAAAUACUUAAAAUCAACUGGAAUAUCAUUUUAUAAGGCCUUAAAUUGUGUGUUUGUGAAACUUAUUCUAACAAUUUAUUUUAGGUUUUUCUAAACUGGUAUUAUAUUGGGUUUGUAACCCAGUAAAUUCUCUGCAUUUAUUAACCUGUAAGUUCAUGGCAUUAGCAAAUGUCAAUGAUAUAAAAUAAAAACAAAUGAACAACCAUCCCCACACUUGUUAGCACACUGAUCCUAGAGAUAAGACUGACAAGGAUCUCCAGAAGUCAUCCUGCCAAUAUGCUUGCCCUACUGAUAUGCUCUCGGCAUACUUGAAUUCUUUAUCUAGAGAGCAAUUAUAUUUUGGUUUUCUCUGCAUGUGAUGACUAAGUAGUAGUUCAAGUAUGCACAGGAAAAACAGCAAUCAUGUUUAAUUAGUAAGGUACUAGGAAAAUGUCAGCUGAUUAGCAUUAGAAGUUAGUUCUAGAAUGAUAGGUGGGAGGGAGGGGGGCAGGGCUGACUAGAAUAGGUGAGGUUUUGUAGUACAUGAAACAAUUUGUAUUGAACUCUCAUGUGCUUCUUUCAUUACUGUGAUUUAGACUGUACUGGUGCUGCACACCAAAAAUAUUGCAAAGAUUUUGUAAAUCUUGCAAACCUUAACAUUUUUAUGGGAAAUGCCUGUGUCCUUUUAAAAUAGUUUCUGGUCAUGAUCAGAAAUGCAGCCUUAUCUUGCUCCCAAAUUUUUUCCCCCCCAGGCUGAAAUAAACAGGUAUAAAUUGUGCUGUCCUUAAUACUUUUUUGCUAGUUACCAAUUUUAAAUGAGAAAACAUGUAAGUGAUUGUGCUGGAUACAGAUGAGAGGGCAGGUAGCAAAAAUCCUGUUUCUUCCUGUUUUACUCAUUCCCUCUACAACGUGAAACUAGCAGGUUAACUGUGCCUGUCUCUUCUGAAAGAAGAUGGGACUGAUGCUUACUUCCAAAGGUUAUUUAAAGGCCUAGUUAUUAUUCAGAUCUUCAUCUUCAGAU